UGCGAGUGGAGUGGCAAUCCAACCGCCGGCGAGAAAGCGCAGCGCAGUCAACCAGGUAGCGUGAGUCCUACCCGCCCCAACCGCCGAAAGCUAAGCCACUCCCUCUCCCAGGCCCCAGCUGCCUGCCUCCAACCAGACGGCCGGAAUCCUCACGCCAGCGCCGGCGACCCACGCCCCGCUAUAAUAACAAACCACCUCACCCAGCUCCCUCCGCCUCAUCAGCUGCCGGUGAUCGUCCCCUGCAUAAAAGCGCACACGAUCUCGCUUCUGCAGACCAGGUAGUUUCAGUUCACGUAGCCAGGGGGACCAUGUCUUGCUUCGGCGGCGUGCCGGCGACGACGAGCGCCCACUACCGCUCGGCCUGGGGGCGGCCGCUCGGCGGCGGCAGGAGGCCGUGGCGGUGGUGGCACGCCAAGUGCGCCGGCAUCGCGGCGGCCGUCGGGUCGAGGAUCCGGAGGUCCAUCAGGGGGGUCGACGGCCGCCGCCACCGUCGGCGCGCGACGUCGUCGUCCGUGCGCGUGCAGAGCGGCCGGUGGUGCCACCACCGCCGGAGCUUCGCGCCGGUCUACGUCGACGAGCUCUACAGCCACCACCACCAGCCAACCAAGGCCGCCCUCCGCGCCGUGCGGGCGGAGGAGCCGCGGCGCGCCAGCGACGACGACUCCAAGCCGACCGCUGCACCACCCGUCGCGCACGCCGGCGCCGCUCGUGCCGCGGGCGGCAAGCCGUCCGCGCGCGUGGGCGCCGGUGACGGCGACGGCGCGCGCGCCAGCAGCGGCAAGCAGCAGGCGCGGGCGGCCGCCGCCGCCGCUGCGGGUGUUGUUGGCGGCGCGAUGAGGAACGUGCUGCUGAGGAGCCCCGGCAGGGGCGGCGGCGUGCUCGGGGUGGUGAAGGGGAUGGGGGAGGUGGACCUCAGGGCCGAGCUCUUCAUCAGGAAGUUCAAGGAGGACAUGCGGCUGCAGAGCCAGCGGUCGGCAGAGGAGUUCCAGGCCAUGCUCGCCAGGGGCCUAUGACACUUCAUUAUUUGCUUUGCUCGCCAUCACUACUAUUAAUUAGCAAAUUAGCAUAGCGUAGGGGAUUAUUGAUCAAAUGGUGUUAAUAGCUAGCAGUUUGGAUAAAUUUGUGGUUUGAAAAAAAGAGAGAGAAUAUUUGGAUAUCAUGGUGUGUGUCUUUGGUUGGGAGCUAGCUAGGUUGUUUAAUUUUUCUUCAUCUCGUAGAUAAGUGGUUUGUUGCAUUCAUCGGUUGCGUUGCAAGUAGUCUGCACGUAUUGGUCGGAUGUUCAAUGUUCAUCACCAGGAAACACAGAAGAAGGAAAAAAAAAGUAAAUAUAUGUAUAUCCAGAUGCAGUGGUUUUGUAAUUUCAGCUAGUCUUAUGAGCUUCUUAAUAUUUUUUUU